AUGAUCGAAGUAUUGGCAAACGACAGACUAGGAAAGAAGAUCGCUGUCAAGUGUCUUCCGGAAGAUACCAUAGGCGACCUCAAAAAGAUUUUGUCGCUUCAACUCGGCACUUCCCAUGAGAAAUUGAUCUUGAAGAAAGGUCAUCAGAUAUACAAGGAUCAUAUCACCCUCGAUGACUAUGAGGUUCAUGACGGGUUUAACUUUGAAUUGUACUACGGAUGA